AUGUCAGCAAGCCCUGCUCGAGAAGAGAGUAACUACAACUCUUUAUCGCGGACAAAGCCGACAAUGUUAAUUCCUUCUGCGGCAGCAAAAACGGGUUCAUCAAUGAGGUCAACAGAAGGCAACAAGACAAUACCAACAUCUAGUGGAAAAAAUGUCACUCCCAGUCGCAGUCAAUCUCAGUCAGGCUCUUCACAUUUUGUCAUUUGUGCUCCCAUCUUGUGCCAAAAUGGGAGCUUUAGAACAAGGGUAACAGAAUGUAGAGAGAUUGUGGAUGCAAUUGGAAAAGUAAUUUUUCUUGAAGGAGAGUCGGAACAAGAAAUCUACAGUUCUCCUAUAAUCCCUGAUGAUUUUUUUUUUAUAGAAAUGGAAUCUUCAUGGAAAGGCCGUAUAAAACGUGUACAUGCAGAAGAUGUUUUUGUGGAAGUUGAGAAAGCUGCUGAAGCAUUGUCUUUGGCUGUAGAAGAAGAUUUUCUUCCAAUUAUAUUAAGAGUGAAAGCCGUUGUUAGUCCUCUAGGAAGUGGGGCCAAGGGGGAAAUAUGCUAUUCCAAGGACCAUGAGUCUAUCUGGUUCAAAGGAAAAUGUUUUGCUCCUGCUGUGUGGGCCAACACUCCUGGGGAGGAACAAAUGCAAAACUUAAUACCUGCUAAAGAUGCAAAAGGGAAGAAAGUAGGCACUGAAUGGUAUACUACUCCAAAAGUAGAAGAAGCAUUAGAUAGCUACAGGGAGGCAGUUGUACAAGCGAAUUUGAAAGUCACGGAAAUUUUGAGGAGACUGGCUGAAGAGUUGCAACGAAGGACAAAUACUAUUGUGUUCUUAUCUGUACUAUCAGUUAUCACAAAGACAUUAUUUGCACAUGUGAGUGAGGGGAGGAGGCGUGAUUGGAUCUUUCCAAUGCUUAAAGGGAUUAAUCAGAAUCCAAAUUCAUUACAUUUUAAAACACAGGAAACUUCAGGAGAAGUAAUAAACCAAUUAGAAGUAGUAGGUUUAGUGCCUUAUUGGUUCGACUUGGUACAAGGAGCGGCUGUGCCAAACACAAUUCAAAUGCAAUCACUGUUUCUUCUAACUGGACCAAAUGGUGGUGGAAAGUCAAGUGUACUUAGAUCUAUUUGUGCGAUGACACUUCUUGGCAUUUGUGGGUUAAUGGUUCCUGCUGAAAAAUCUACCAUACCACAUUUUGAUUCAAUAAUGCUACAUAUGAUGUCAUAUGACAGCCCUGCAAAUGGAAAAAGCUCAUUCCAGAUGGAAAUGUCUGAAAUGCGGUCCAUACUUAGUGAAGCUACAAAUAAAAGCCUUGUGCUGGUGGACGAAAUUUGUAGAGGAACAGAAGUACAAAAGGGAACAUGUAUUGCUGCAAGCAUGAUAGAAAAACUUGAUUCUAUUGGUUGCAUUGGUGUCAUAUCCACUCACUUGCAUGGCCUUCUAGAUUUGCCACUGAAGGCAAAAAAUAUUGUGAAUAAAGCAAGAAGGAGCCAUUUUCAUACCUAUAGAAAAUACGAUUUGCAUUUAAAGAGAAGAUUCAGAAAGCCCCAGCACCCUUCAUCAACGACUUCACAAAGCAAUGGAAAAAUCAGAACAUCAAUGGCGGCACCAAAGGGUCUCAAACCCUCGAAGAGCUUCUUUGUUGUUUUCAUUUUGCAAAAUGAGAAAUAUACGAUGGAGUGUAAAGCUUUUAGGGUAACAAAAACCCUUUGUAAUUUUUUAUAUUCUCCCUCAAGUCCGCUGGGCUUUCCAGAAAAAUAUGCAAAGUAA